AUGAAACGCCUUGCUAACUGGAGGACAUUCAACACCUCUUCUUCAUCAUCUUUAUCGGAGAUGCCUUUAGUAAAAUCAAAGAAGGCUAGUUCAAAAAAGGGUGAAUCUACAAUCAUUCAUCAUCCUAAGAAUGCUAACAAGUUUCAGAAUUUUCUAGUACCAUCCAAAUUCCGAGAAGGAGAGGAAUAUGUACUCACUCAUCAACAACGAGAGGAUCAUUCAAUUUAUACAUUUAGACAUGUCAUACCUUACAUACAUGUUUAUAAUCAGAACGUGGAAAAUUAUGAAGGAAGAAUGAUUGGAAAGCCUUUCAGAGAGGCUUACUGUUCCGAAUAUGGAAUUGAUGAAAAUACUUUUUCUCGAAUGUGCGAAAUGGGAGUCAUCACUCUAAAUCAUCAACAAAUUACGGCAGCAAGAAAACAAGUACAAAAAUUGAGAGAAGGAGACUCUUUUCAAGUUCGAGAUAUUCGUAUGGAUAGACCUAUUAAACAUUUUGAUCAAUUAGAAAUUAUUUACGAAAAUGAGGACUUUGUGGUUGUGACAAAACCAGAUAGUGUUUGUGUGCAUCCAAUUCGAAGGUAUCACAAAAAUUCUCUUUUUUACAUGAUGGAACAUGAAUAUGAUGAACAUUUUGGAAAUGAUUUACAUUGUAAAACCAUUCAUCGAUUGGAUCGUCAAACAAGUGGUGUUUUAAUAAUAGGAAAAACGAGUAAAGGGGUAAAUUUAUUUCAAAAACAGUUCAAAGGACAACAAAUGAGCAAGCAAUAUAUCGCAAAGGUUCAUGGUCUUAUUCGUGAAAAUUCCAAUUUUGAAAUUAACGAUCCACUCGUGUGCAUUCAACCAUGGGAUGGCCUUUACAAAUCAAUACCGAAUCGCGAGAAAGAUUUAGAGUAUCGUGAGCUCUGUACAAAGAAUCAAAUCAAAUUUGAUCCUAAACCUUCUAGAACCAAAUUUCAAGUAUUACUUCGAAAUGAACAAGAAAAUACCACAACCUUAUUAUGCACUCCCAUCACAGGAAGAACACAUCAAAUAAGAGAACAUCUUUCAGGAAGAGGGUUUCCCAUCAUUGGAGAAGAAUCAAGCAAGACUAAGCUCGAUCCUGAAUAUUCUGAAAAACGUAUUGACACAGGAACGGAUAUUUGGAAUUACAAAUUGGAUUUAUUUGAGAAGUAUGGUCUUGAAUCACCACAAGUAGCAAUGCAAGCGUUGGAGGAUACAGUAUAUGGACGUUCUUUUCAAAUUCCACAAGAUCUCUGUCUAUUUUCUUUUAGAUAUAAAGUUGGACCUUUUGAUUUCCAGAGUGCACUGUUCGUUCCAGAGUUUUUGAAACGUGAUUGGAAAGAGAUUUGUUUCAUGUUGAAAGGAGGAGGCAACAACAGAAAACGUAAUUAA